AUGUUGGAGAUGGACGGACCGGAUGUGCGCCCUGAGUAUCUGGCUGUCAAGACAGCAUUUGAGCGUGCUCUCUCCGCGCAGGAAAAUUAUUUGCCAGCUGGCUCUGUGCAUGAAGAUCAUGUGCAGACGGAAACCCAAGCAAGCGACUCGUGGUGGUGGGAACGCUACCAGUUUUUAGCCCCCAGUGAGCUCGCACUGGGCAGCAGUCCUAGCCAGGCUGUUGGGACAAUGGAUUCUUACCUUCUCGUGGUGUCCGGUGUUAAUCCCCGUUGGGGAGACCAAAGUGAAUCCGCCGUGGUUGUGCGGUCCGGCCCGGCGCGGUUGGCGCGGGGCACGACCACACAACCACACCAAAAUCAGGGGAUAACGGCAUAUGAAAACCAUCCGACUUCUUCUUACCCGACUCGCACUCGGGCCCGAUACUGGUCUUGCAUUACCAGUGGAAGUGGUGUCGCCUAA